CCUUUAGAGGCGCAGGCCUUGUCCCUCUCCAGCCAGACGCUGUCCUGUCAAAGCUAGACGUAAAGCUGCGUACGCCUACUCCAGCUGCUCUGCCAGAGGCUGUCUGGGAGGCUCGUACACCAAGCAACGUACGUGAGCUUGAGGCUCAAUCAACGUUAAUUCGUGAGCGCGUUAGGAAGCAUAAGAGCUCGUCACCAGCUUCUAUUCUUGAAGCAAUCAACCAGCUUGAGAAAGGAGCAGAGAUAAUGAUGCUCUCAGCUGAGCUAAUGCGCGAUCGGAUUGCUAGCCUUGAGAAGGCUAAUGAGGCAGCAUCAGAGCGAAAGAAGCGUAAGAAGAAGCGUAUACAGAAGCGAGGAGUCUUAACAAAGGGAGCUGGAGAGGAUAUAAUUGCUCAAUGUGAGGCUAAUCAGCAGAUUGCUCGUGAGGAGCGUCAAGGUGGAGAGCAAUCAGGCCUCAGCCGCCAGGCUUUAGCGCGCUGUAGCAGGUGCAGAGAGCCUAGGCACAACGCACGUACGUGUAAAAAAGAUACUGUAUGUACUGCUUAA